AUGUACGAUUACACUAUCCCCCCCCCCUAUUUCAACCCGCCACCUUCUCUCCUCCAUAAUCACCACCACCGUGAACCACCAGCCACGAGACCAGAUCCGUUCGAACUGUCAUCCUUCCCCCAUCACGUCCCGACCAGCCUCAGUCGUCACCGACCUCGGAGCUCAUCGGAAACUGGAGAAAAACCCGCCGGUUUCAAUCCAUUUUCACAACCGUCGAUCUCCGUCAUCCGGCUACCAAAUCGGACGAUCAAGGUACCCAGAUAUACAGAUGUUGCCUUCGGAUAUGAUGAUGUGCACGGACAUCCAGGUUGCCUUCGGAUUUUGUCAGUUGCCUUCGGUUUAGUUAGCAUGCUUGACAGUUGCCCCACGAGUUCAGUGGUACCCGGACUCGUGUGGAGCGAGGACGCGAAUCAGGUUGACCAAGGUCCCCUGAAUCCUGCGAGGUUACGGCUCGGAUUGACUUUGUGUCACCGAGACCUGCGAGGACGUGUCACCAAUGGUGAUGCGAGGGGUACACCUAGGUGGUAG